AAUUCCACUCCGUGAUACCAUAUUCCAUUUUCAAAACAUUCAUUCAUCUCGUUUUUAAGCACCCUCAUAGCUUUCUCCACCCCCCAACACCUACCAAUUAUUUUCCUUGAUUAAUAAAGUCCCAUACAUUAUAUACAUACAUACAUACACACCUAUCUUCAAUACCAUCAUAACUCAAACAAUUAAAUGGGGUUUGAUAGUGUAUGUGACACAGGACUUGUCUUAGGACUAAGCCUUGGUUCAUCAGCAUCAAUGAUCAAUCGCAACACGAUGGGUUCCGCCAAGAAGCACUUAGACCAUGGUGUGACCGAGCCCAUGCAGAGUUUUGAGCCAUCGUUAACGUUGAGUCUUUCUGGCAACCAUCGCGAGUGUAACAACAAGCGUGCGGUGGCAGGAUGUGUUAGUGAUCAUAGUGGGGGGUGUUCGUCGAUUUCGAAUGUGAGUGUGAAGAGGGAAAGAGAGGUUGGGAGCGAAGAAUCGGAGAGGGUUUCGAACGAUAAUAAUUAUUCAGGAGUUAUAAGUGCAACAAGUGCUGAUGAUGUUGAAGAAGAUGAUGAUGGUUGUGUUAAUGGUAGGAAGAAACUUAGGCUAACCAAACCUCAGUCUGCUCUUCUUGAAGAAGCCUUUAAGCAUCACAGCUCUUUAAACCUUCAGAAACAAAAGCAAGAACUAGCAAGGGAGCUAAAGCUGAGGCCUAGACAAGUUGAAGUUUGGUUCCAAAACAGAAGAGCCAGGACAAAGUUGAAGCAAACAGAAUUGGAGUUUGAACACUUGAAGAAAUUUUGUGACAAAUUAACAUGCGAGAACCGGAAACUCCAAAAAGAGCUUCAAGAACUCAAAGCAUUGAAGUCGACGUCCCAACCGUUUUACAUGCAGCUUCCAGCAGCCGGUCUCACUGUGUGUCCAUCGUGUGAAAGGAUCGGAGACACCAAAUCUUCCCUCGUGAAGAACCCGUUUACAUUGGCUGCUAAACCACACUGUUUUAAUCCCUUCACUAAUCCAUCGGCAGCCUGUUAACUAUAUCAUUAAUUUUAUUACGUGAUUACAUAUUAAAUAUUAAAUGAUCACAUCACAUAUAUAGUUUUAUUUGGAUAUAAAGAAUAUUACUUAAGUCGCCAAUUCAUAGCCCGACCUUUUUUAGAGUCAAGGAUGUGAUUAGUAUAAGCUAUUUUAGUAGCAAAUAUUUGAAUUCUUUUGAUCUUUUAUCUUCUUUAAUUAUGUAUAAAAACUUGAUUUAUCAAUGAAAUGAAUAUAUAAUCUAUUAUUGUGCC